AUGGAGGGCGUUUUAUUCAACAUCGACUUUGGCUAUCUCGAGGGAGUCGUCCGUGGCUACCGCAAUGGCCUUAUGACCUCGUCCCAGUACAUCAACUUGACGCAGUGCGACAACCUCGACGACUUGAAGUUGCAGCUCUCAGCGUCUGACUACGCCGCCGGCUUGAACAACGUGCCCGGGCAGCUUACGACCGCGAACAUCCAGAGCAAGACCAAUGAGACGUUGUUUAAGCAGUGGGAGUACCUCAGACAACAGGCGGUGGAACCGAUGGCGUCGUUUAUGGACUACAUCUCGUAUGGCUACAUGAUCGACAACGUGGUGCUUUUGAUCACCGGGACGCUCCAUGAGCGCGAUUUGGCGGAAAUUCUCCCGCGUUGCAACCCACUUGGCUGGUUCGACACCUUGCCAGCGUUAAGCAUCGCUACCGAUAUGGAGUCGUUGUACAGCACUGUACUUGUUGAUACGCCGCUUGCGCCGUUCUUCAAGGGCUGCCUUUCCAUCUCUGAUUUGGAUGAGUUGAAUGUGGAAGUUAUCCGAAACACGUUGUACAAGAACUAUCUUGAACUGUUCCACGCGUUCUGCAAUGGCUUGGCGGACCCCGCGGCGACGAUUAUGACCCGUUUCCUCGAACUCGAGGCCGAUAGACGGGUGAUAAACAUCGCGCUCAACUCGUUCGGUAUUUCUGAGUUGGAAAAGGCUGAGAAGAAGAAGAUGUUCCCAGACUUCGGUGCCCUUGCAGGUUUUGCCCAGGACCAAUUGGCCGCGGCGGAGGAUGUCGAUCAGAUUCGUAGCGUGGUUGAGAGCAUCAGUUCCUAUAGAGGCUGUUUUGAUAGCGACGACACUGAUGCUGGCACUUCCACCAACUUGGAAGACUUUUUCUACAAGCUUGAGAUGGACUACUGCAGAAACUCUUUCACUCAGCAGUUUUCCGUGUCGGUCGUGUACUCGUGGUUGCGGGCCAAGGAGCAGGAGAUUCGCAACAUCACCUGGAUCGCAGAGUGUAUCGCCCAGAACCAGCGCGAGAAGCUCAACAACUACAUCUCUGUGUUCUAA